AUGGCGCAAACGAGCUGUGUGGUGGCGCUGGCCCUGGCCCUGGUGGCGCUCUGCCUGGUGGCACUGCCACGCGACGCCCGGGCCCGGCCUGGGGAGCUCAGGACCGGGGAGCGCCGAGAACUAUCGCCCGACGACCCGCAGGUGCAGAAGGUGACGCAGGCGGCCGUGGCCACUUACAACAUGGGCAGCAACACCAUCUACUUCUUCCGUGACACGCACAUCCUCAAGGCGCAGAGCCAGCUGGUGGCUGGCAUCAAGUACUACUUGACAGUGGAAAUGGGGAGCACAGCCUGCCGCAAGACCGCGGUGACCGGAGACCGCAGUGUGGACCUCACCAUCUGCCCCCUGGCCACAGGCGCACAGCAGGAGAAGCUGCGCUGCGACUUUGAGAUGCUAGUGGUUCCCUGGCAGAACAGCUCCCAGCUUCUGAAGCAUGACUGUGUGCCGCUCUACUAG